AUGACUUUUGCGUGGAUCAGCCUGUCGACCCGGUGGAGUUUGACCAGUGUGCAAGCGGCGCUCAACGUGAUCAUCUCGGUGCUGGGGACGGUGGGAGUAUGGGCGUUCUCGAAGUACUGGUGGCAGCGAGGAAGUGCCAACAUUCUCCGGCACGGCUCUGAGCUGCCGUUGACCGAGUUCAUCAUUGUGUCUGGGCCGGGUGACGGGUGGGAUCUCCUCACGGUGCUUCGACGGCGGGUCUUUUCCAAGGGACACUGGCAUCUGCUCAGUCAGUUGAUCGUGGUGGUCGGCGUCACACUUGCCUGCAUGUUUGCCGGCCCCAUUGCCAAAGUGUCGCUCAGGAGCACCCAGACUGUACAAAAGAGGCCGCUCGGAGUCCUGCCCACGGUCAAGGGCGACGGGUACGAGGCGAAUCUGGUCGAUGAGAAUGUGCUGUGGAACAACACGAUCCAAAGCCUGGACCUGGCCAACUUCACCCUCGAUCACAUGCUCGAAUACCUGCCUCCGUCCACUUCACCAUGGACUUACGAACCAAGUCAGUGGGAUCCGACAUGGACCUUGACGUGUAACUCCACCGAAGAGACGCUUCUGCACAAUGUCAGCGCGGUCGGUAACUAUACUUUCCGCAACCCCAUCGAUGCGUUUCCUGCCUAUCGCCAGACGUACGAGCCCGCCUGGAUGGACUCGUCCAAAUACCGCACGCAGGUCGACUUUUCUUCGUGGUCCAAGACCCAGCCGGCCUUCAUCUUUGAGGAGGUGCUGUUGUUCAUCCUGAUCGCAUCCGACCCGGCGAUUGACGAUCGCAUGUACACCAACAACGCCACCAUGGAGGUUUGCUUCUCCGUGCUGCAUCUCUCCCACUUCAACGCCACCGAUCUCACCGACGCCACGCUCGAUGCGGAAGAUUCGUGGCGGUUCGUCGGGCCCGUGGGCAAUGCCAGCUAUACACGCCUCGAGUGUACCAUCACCCGCAAGCCUGUGGUGGCCGAUGAAGAGGCGAUUCCGUGGAUCUGGACCAACGACACAUACUCCAUCACCUUUGCAUUCCGCACGUACUUUUCCAACAUGCUAGAGUCGGCCGCGAGCAAAGAGCUGCCGGUCCCGACGCCGACGUCCGUGGACGUUCUGAGAAUGUGGCAGGCGUACUUUGCCACCGUCAACACCAUCUAUGCGUUUCCCACCCCGCGAGUCCUUAGCGUCUGGAUGGACACGGUCCAGCUGUCCACGGCCUUACUCUUGACGCUGGUCAUCCUCACGGCGCUGAUCGUCUGGACGUCCGGACGCUACUCGGUCUUCAUGCUGCGCAACAAGGACAAGCUCGACAAGCUCGGCAUCCCGGACAGCAAGAUCGAGUGGAUCAUCCACGGGGCAAAAGUCCUUUGGGCCAGUCAAGAGAGGGUCGGGGAGCCACACCAGGACCACCAAGAGCAGCAGCAGCAGCAGGUGGUGGUCAAGGAAGACGACGACGCAGCUUCUUCUCCUCCUCCUAUGGCAGCUACGCCUUUGGCGACACAGACGGACCGGGACCACCUGCGCAUGGCGACCUUUGGCCACCGCUACUCACAGGUGUGCAAUCCCACGGCCGAUCCAGGAUCGCCGUUGGUGGUCGUCCCAGAACCCAGCCUCGCGCGCAUCCACGUGCCUAGGUCGUCGCGCUCGGCAGCGCCGUCGACGAGUAUCUCGAGAGAGAUCUCGCGGGACUCGGCGCGUUCGGGGCCUGCGAGCACGGACAUACAGACGCCGUAG